GAAUCUCAAUUUCUUUUUCUCCAACUUCAAGGUGAAAGGAAGCUUAAAAAGAAUUUCUUUCCUUAAAAAGAAAAGGAGUACUUGUGGCACCUUAGAGACUAAUAAAUGUAUUUGAGCAUAAGCUUUUGUGAGCUACAACUCACUUCGUCCGAUGCAUGCAGUGGAAAAAACAGUGGGGAGAUUUAUAUACACAGAGAACAUGAAACAAUGGGUGUUACCAUACACACUGUAACAAGAGUGAUCAGAAAACCAGAAGUGGAAGAAAAUGAAGUAUUUUUGUGUUCAUGCUUUGCAUACACCAAAACUGAAACAAAUUUUAGAAUCCAAGAAGAUUUGAAAAACGUACAAGUAUGCGUAUUCUUCUAAUUGAAGCUUUUUAUGGUGGUUCCCACAAGCAGCUGGCAGAUCUUCUACAGGAGGAGAUAGAAGAAUGUGUCCUUUAUACACUCCCAGCAAAGAAGUGGCACUGGAGAGCACGGACUGCUGCUCUAUAUUUCAUGCAAACAGUGCCAGCUAAUGCUAAUUACAGGAUCCUCUUUGCAAGCUCAGUGCUUAACCUGACUGAACUUAUUGCCCUUCGGCCUGACCUUGGCAAAUUGAAAAAGGUCCUUUACUUCCACGAGAACCAGUUGGCAUAUCCUGUACAGAAGUGCCAGGAAAGAGAUUUCCAAUAUGGAUACAACCAGAUUCUUUCAUGUUUGGUUGCUGAUAUUGUGGUGUUCAACUCUGCUUUUAAUAUGGAGUCAUUUCUUACAUCUAUCGGAAAUUUUCUGAAGCUGAUUCCUGACCACAGGCCUAAGGAUCUGGAAAAAAUAAUCAGACCAAAGUGCCAAGUUCUUUACUUUCCAGUCAGGUUUCCUGAUGUGAGCAGAUUCAUGCCGGAGCACAAACUGGCCCAUUUGGAGAAGAUAACUGGUGUUAAAGGAAAUGGAGAUACUUAUCUAUUCAGGGGUCUGCCUUUCCAACAGAAGUAUAGAGCCACUGGGAGUUUAAUGAAAAACAGCAGCUCAAGUCCUGAGUCUGGACUUUGUGAAGCACAGUCUGGACUUUGUACCACACAACAAGAAAGACUACAAUUUCCAUUAACAUCACUAGAGAAACUGAACAAGUCUAAAGCAUCAGAAAGUACAAAUCAAGAAGUGCCUUGUCAAGAAGAUAAGCAACAUGUGACUUUUAACCCUUGUAAUCUCUUGAGUGGAAUGGACUAUCAGCAAAGACCUUUGCACAUUGUCUGGCCUCACAGGUGGGAACAUGACAAAGACCCUGAGAGUUUCUUUAAAGUAUUACUGAAACUUAAGGAGAUGGACCUACCUUUUCAUGUGUCUGUCCUUGGAGAGACCUUCACUGAUGUCCCAGCUCUAAUCAGCACAUCUAAGAAGAUGCUCAACACCUCCCAGAACCAGGACCUUGUUUUCUGUUGGUUAAGGCAGGAUUCUGUAUUUGCCUUUGUUAUAACUGAUAUAUUUUCAGAGGCCAAAAAGGCAUUGGAAUCUUCUGUCUUGCACUGGGGCUACUUACCUAGCAAAGAUGACUAUUUCCAAGCUCUGUGCAUGGCUGAUGUUGUGAUCUCAACAGCUAAACAUGAAUUCUUUGGAGUGGCAAUGAUAGAAGCUGUAUAUUGUGGUUGCUAUCCACUAUGUCCUAACGCUUUGGUGUAUCCAGAAAUAUUUCCAGCUGAAUAUCUGUAUUCUACACCUGAACAGCUUUUUAAAAGGCUUCAGAAUUUCUGCAAGAGACCAGAUAUUGUAAGGAAACAUCUCUAUAAGGGUGAGAUGGAUCAGUUUUCUUGGGCAGCACUACGUGGUAAAUUCAGGUCUCUGCUCACAACAGAAUCUAGGGAAGAUUUGUGACAGAUGGGGCUAAGUCACAAACUUGCAGCCUAAGGCAGAAUCUGUAGAACUUUCCAGAGUGUGCCCAUAUUUACCUGAUCAGAGAGAAAAGAAAAUCUGCAGAGGAAGCUGAGCCUGGCUGCUUGUCAUAGCUGACACAGAGCCAUCUGCCACAAACCUGUGGCGGCUUCAGAUCUCCAAUCCCUGCCACCACCCCAACUCAAAUUAAAUACAGAUUCCUAGAGACGUUAUGAUGGUUACACAUGUCCUCGGCAUCACAUGCAGGAGACGGUUCAAAAAAAAUAUGUGGCCUGUUGUAUAACCGCACUCAUGUAUCCCAUAUGUGGUGCCACAUUGAAUUUCCGGUUGAAUCUGUUUUUAUCCUUUGUACUGGAUGACAUGGUGCCUGAAUUCUUUCUUUUUGCCGACAUGAUGGCAGCCAAACUGCAGCUUCAAACACUCACACUUGGCUGAGUUUCUACCUAGGUUGCCAGGUUAUCAUUGGAGCCUUAUUGUGUCCUCAAAGGGCCACAGGGCCUGAAAGGAGGAUCAGAGUGCUACUGGACUAAUUGGGCAGCCAUCUACAAAUUGUUUGUAGGCAAAGCACUUUUCUUUUUGCAAAUUAAUGACUCUCUGGCACAGGGUUUUUAAGUGAAGGUAUUAAUAAGGGGUCUGGCAGGUAUUCCCAUGAUUCACAGUUACAUUUGCAUUUAAUUAAUCUUAAAGAAAGCUGCAAGAUAAACAGCUGUAAUUCAAACUAGCAUGGGAAAUAUGCUACAUGGUGCCAUCUAUCCGAUAAAAUGAAAGCUGAGACACUUGUUUUAUUUCUCUCAAGGAUGGAGAACAAACAGAUAACUGUCAAAAUACUUCCAAUAAAAACCAAUAGUUUUUAUGUAACUGCAGUUCAUCAAAAAUCUUUGCAUUCAGUUACAAAUAUAAUCUUUUAAAGAUAAAUCACUUAUGAUUCUAAGCAUUAAGCUGCUAUGUUUGCUGAUGUGAAAUGUUUUGAAGAUUUAGAUUGUACAAUAAAUUUUUAAUAAAGUGCUCACUGCAAUUUUUAAUUAACAUAUCUCAUUCAUGUAUAAGUGUGUACAUCCAUCUGUAUGCUUAUCACUGUGCAUAUCCUUGUGACAGAAUCAAUGAAUACAAUUGUGUCUUUAUCUGAUGAAUUUAGAAUCUGUUUUGCAAAUGAUAAUAAAAUGUUAUAACAAC